AUGUAUAUGUACUGUGUGAAUUGUUUUGUUACGCCGAGUAAGUAUUUUCAUGUUGGAAACGGUAACGUGAAUGAAGCGACACUUCUGACGACCUCAAGCAGCAGCCAUGCUCUCCUCUACUGCGCUAAAGAGUGCGAGGACCCAAGGUGUAUGUCAUUUAGGUACAGUGCUGACACUAAACUGUGUAGCAUAUUUUCCAGUGUACUCUCUGUUUCAUCUGGGUCCAUUAAUACCGAUGACAAGUAUUUCCAGAAGGCAAGUGGAGUCAUUAAUUGUGCUCCGAUCAACGUUUACGGGAAAUUGGCAAAAUGUAAUCGUUUCAACUCCGAAAGCUGGACGAUUGUACAAAGGAGGUAUGAUGGGACGCUGACUUUCGACAAAACAUGGAACGAGUUCAAAGCAGGAUUUGGAGAUCUUGACGGAGAAUAUUGGAUUGGUAACGAAGCCUUACACCUCCUAACACAGGGAAGCAAACAAAUCGCCAUGUUUGUUUUGGAAGAUUGGAAUGGUGUUGAAAAAUACGCUCAAUACGACAACUUCUACAUAUCUUCAGAAACAGACAAAUACAGGCUAACGGUCUCUGGCUAUAGUGGUACAGCAGGUGAUUGUUUGUCAUUCCAUAACGGAUAUCAAUUUUCGACCAAAGACAGCGACAAUGAUGUUCUUUCUGGCAAUUCCUGUUCUCGGGAAUACGAUGAAACGGGUUUCUGGUUUCAUCAAUGUCACGCAUGUAACAUCAACGGAGUAUAUGUGACGGAUAAUGGAGCUGAAGAAACACAUGCCCUUAUUUGGAGAACAUUUUCUGAACGAUAUCAACCAAUGAAGAAAUCGAGAGUGAUGCUUCGAUCUGCACUGUAA